UGUGUCCUACAAUUGUCUCAUACAAUUAUCUAAACAAACAUAAAAACAUUCCUUCAAAGAAAAGAAAAACAAAAAAUGCUUCUCAGCAACAUUGGCGCCGUAUUCUGUUACAACCACCCACCACGACCCGACCCGAAUAACAAAACCCGACUCACCUCUUUACGCUUCCAGCACCGCCGUGACUCGCCACCGUCUCCGGCGAAGGUACAUUGGAAGAAGAGAUAUGUGAAGCAACAAUCUAUAUGCACCGCCGAUGAACUUCACCAUAUCAGUAUUCCAAACUCCGAUUGGAAACUUGCUCUUUGGCGUUACCUUCCUUCUCCUGAGGCUCCUGUGAGGAAACACCCGCUUUUGUUAUUGUCAGGGGUUGCAACCAAUGCUAUUGGCUAUGAUCUCUCUCCUGAGUCUUCAUUUGCUCGGCACAUGUCAUCACAAGGAUUCGAUACAUGGACUCUUGAGGUUCGAGGUGCUGGGUUAAGCACAUAUGCGGACAGUUUGGAGGAAGAUGAAGAGCGCCUCAAGAAUUCAUCUGGGAUAGAUUCUGAAAUUAAGAACCUUAGUGCUUCCUUUGGAUCAGAAGUUUCUCAAAUUAAAAGGAGAGGAUCAGAGGAAGCAACUAAAUUGGAGGAACUACGGCCAACAACAAGGAUGAUGGAGAUUUUUACAAGGAUGUCUGAUAGCCUUGCAAGUUUUCUCGGUCGGGAUUUGGAAGGGAGAAACAAUUCUGCAAUUGUUAGUCAAAUCAAGGAUUUCAAUCGGAGACUUCAAACUUUGAUUGGUGGUCAGAAAAUUUUUCCGCCACGGGUUUUAGAUGAACUUCAGAAACAAUUUGAGUUGAUAGUCAAGUAUAACUGGGACUUUGAUCAUUAUCUCGAAGAGGAUGUACCUGCUGCGAUGGAGUAUAUAAAGGCUCAAUGCCAACCAAAGGAUGGAAAAUUGCUCGCAAUUGGUCACUCAAUGGGUGGUAUUUUGUUGUAUGCAAUGCUCUCGCGUUGUUGUUUCAAUGGAAAGGAUUCUGAGUUUGCAUCUGUUGUUACUUUGGCGUCAUCACUCGACUAUACACCUUCAAGAUCAUCUCUCAAGUGGCUUUUACCUUUGGUAGAACCUGUUCAGGUGUUAAACGUUCCUGUUAUUCCAGUUGGACCAUUGAUUGCUACUGCUUAUCCUCUUUUGAGAAAUCCUGUGUAUGCUUUAUCUUGGCUAAAUGCUCAGAUUUCAGCUCAAGACAUGAUGGAUCAAAAAUUGUUUGAGAAACUUGUUUUGAACAACUUCGGUACUGUGCCUGCUAAGCUUCUCUUGCAGUUAAAAACAGUCUUACAAAAAGGUGGUUUACGCAAUAGAAAUGGAACAUUCUUCUACAAGGAUCAUCUCCGCAAAAGUAAAGUUCCUGUUUUAGCAAUUGCUGGUGACAAAGACUUAAUAUGCCCCCCAGAAGCUGUAUAUGAAACGGUGAAGCUUAUUCCUAAGGAACUGGUCACAUACAAAGUCUUUGGGGAGUUUGGAGGUCCACACUAUGCCCAUUACGACCUAGUGGGUGGUCGAUCGGCAGCAGAUCAACUAUAUCCAUUUAUAAUUGAAUUCCUCAUCAAUCAUGAUGACAUGGCUUAAUUAAUACAUUGCUCUUUCAAAAUACCAUUCUAUACAUCUAGAAUAUAUCUAUAUGAAGAUCCUCACAGAUAGAAAAUGUACACAAAAAAAGGCAACCCGGUGCACUAAAGCUCCCGCAUACGCACGGUCCAGGAAGGGGUACACAUGUAAUUGUAAAUAGAAUAUACAAGCUCAGAUUCUCAAAUACUCUGCACAAAUCCUAUGAUGGUUGCACCAAAUCAAUCUGAUUUUAUCAGAGUGUCAAGGAAUCAUGUAUUAGGAAUUAGGUUCUCUUUGUAAUUAAAUUGUAAGGCUUUGCAAACUUAGUUGAGGUGAAAUUAUAAUAUAAUGAAAAUUUGUUUUUUUUAAGUCAUUUGUUAACUUUUCAGAUACACCAAUUAUUUUACUUGAUCAAUUUUUAACCCAAAUUUAUAAGUGGAAUGUAUCUUCAUUUUACAA